UCUCCUCUCAAUGGCUCUCCCACGUUUCCUUAAGAUCUUCCUCUCUCAUUUCAGCUCAGAAUCCAUGAUGAUUCCGGAGUCUUAUUACGAUGAGCUACCACUUGUUUUGCCCAAAACAGCGCUUCUCCAAGGAAGCCGUGGAUGCUUUUGGAAGGUGGCUAUGACUAAGAGGCGAGGUCAGGUGUAUUUUGGACAAGGGUGGCCUAAGUUCGUCGAGGAUAACCGUCUCAGAGAUGGAGACGUGUUGACUUUUGUUUAUGAUGGAUCUCGCAAUUUCAAGGUCAGCAUCUAUGGUAGUGGAGGAUGUAAAGAGGUCAGAGCUGUUGCUCAAGUCAUAGCCUUAGAUGAUGAUGAUGAUGAUGACAAAGAAGACAGCGUUUGUCAUCUGAGCAGCGAAGAAGACUCAGACACUUCUUCAGAAUCUGAGAUGGCUCAGACUGUCCCCAGUGCCAACCACACUGGCAAAAAGAGAGUUGUUGUGGUAGAUUCUGAUGAAUCGUUUACGUCAGAGGAUUCCAAUAGCAUGAGUGACAGCUCCUACUCUCCUCCUGACGAAGACACACUCCUUGACGUGACCCCAAACGUGACAAACUCUAGGAACAAAGGAGAGCUCAGAUCAGUAAACUCUAUUGUUGGUUCAACAAGCAACAGCUCUCGUUCAGCGUCUAGGAAGAGAGAGUUCACAAUCAAGAAUCCAGAGGUGUAUCUAGAUGAUCCAAAGAAUGUAUGUUUUGAGACAGUCGUGAAGAACAGGAUAUACGAGCUGAGGGUUCCUAAACAGCUAGUGAAAGACUACUGCCUGAAGUUCCAAGAUUACGUGAGCUACAUUGACAACCACCAAGAUGGGAAGCUAGAAGCGAAAGCAGCAGCUUGGCGUGAUCGUCUGUGUCUCAAAAAGUGGAACCUCAUAUGCAUGAGGAACGGACUGAAGAAAGGUGAUCGUAUCUUGUGCGAGCUGUUUCGUAAGGAUGGUUUGGUUUAUGCUCUCAAAAUCCAUUUCUUCAACACCACCACCUGA